AUGCCACAGAAAUUGACUAAAGACGAGCGAAAAGAGCUGAGCAAAACACUAUCCAGCACAGAGCUGCAGUGUAUUGAGGAGGCGAUGAAGCUAUAUCAGAAGAACAAUGCAGACCCCGCGAUCGAAUAUUUCGUCGAAUACACUGGGAACAUGGACACGUCCGUCAUUUUGUCGGACUAUUCUUACAGCGAGGAUAUCUUUAAAGAUGGUCUUAUCAGACUUCUUGCAGGUGCACAAGCUGACAAGAAGAUGGCCGCGAGAGAGAAAGAAGAAGAGGGGAAGGAGGAUUUCUGGGAAGAAUUCGAGAAGUACGUCGGGAACAGCCCAGAGGACCGCGCUCGCGAGCUUUUUGACCGCAUGCACCGUUGGGAGGUUAAGCUGGUAAACGAGGCCUUGGAGCUUGCGCACCAAGGGAACUCAGCAGCGUAUGAAACUGCCAGCUAUUUGUGUGUCGAGACAAUGGCGAAAAACAAAAGCGCCUCAACAGACUCGGACUUUCCAAUCUAUUUACAGUUCCCGACGUUCAGCAAAUCCAGCGAUACUCCAGAGAAGUUCAAAAAGGCAUUACUUGGGUUCUAUACCUCUCGACUCCGGUAA